AUGACCAUUGACCAUGCCUAUAAACCCGGCAGUAAGAAGAAUCGUUUUACAAGCUUACAUGCAACGGAUUAUUUGAAAGUACCAGCCACGCUUGAUAAGCCUGCACCUGCAUGUAUUUUGUCCUGCCGAUCCGCCUCGUCCUUGUCGAGUUCGAUAGCUUCCUCGACGGAAUUGUCGGCGGCAGCUCUUUUGUCUCCUCAUUUGGAAUCGCAGUUAACCGCUCAAGCCGUCGAGAUUCGCACACUCAAACAAGAUCUCGCUAUUCUCAAUAAAAAGUGCCUGCGACACAUCGAGCGAUUGGCGGCCGCUGAACAUGCCAAAGCCCAGAUUGAACAUGAAUUGGAGGAUUUGUCACGGCAACUGUUUGAGCGAGCCAACGAAAUGGUGAAAAAGGAACGACGAAUUCGCAUGGAAACCGAAUCAAGGUUGGAAAAGUUGCGGAAAGCAUUUGUGGGUGUUCAACAGGAACUGGCCGAUGAACGAGAACAGCUGGCAGAAAUUCGAGAUCGAUUCGCUUCCUUGUCGUUAGAUCAACAAGUCAGCGACGUGCCCACUCAAAAACUGCAGAUCGAUAAAAGGGCAUUGGCUUUGUUUCAAGACUUUCUCGCCAAUGCAUCCGAAGUGUCACUGUCACAACUUCAUCGACUGCCUUUUCUCAAGCUCUGUUACGAUCAGGAUAUUGAACCCUGCCUUAGAGGCUUUUCGCACUGGUCCUUGCGACGAAUCGUUGAUGCUCUUCUCCACCGGCCUUGUCCCAUUGAACCGAUUCCUCUGACGUCUGUACCAGGGAACGAACCACUGAGGAAAAUGGCAUCGUCCGAAGAAGGUCCCAGUCGCUGGUCUCUUUUACGUCGUCACGCUUCCAGUUCAAUAUCGGACCAAUGCUAUCUGUGUGCAAGUCUAUUGACAGAUCAAACUUACCGGUGUCGUUUACGUGAACAAGAUCAGGAUUGGCACAUGAUUGAUCGGGCUUGCCGUGAUCGUCUGGUAGCUGUUUGCAAUUUUUAUGCGUUUGUGCGUCAUGUGCGACUGGGCCUUUAUACACCCAGUUCGGUCACCAGUCUGUUUCAAGAAUGUCUACGGUUACGACUAGGUAUGUUUUGGGCUCGAUCGGGUUUACACCUGAAUCCGUCUUUUUUAUCGGACUAUCGAUUGUUUGCUUCAUGGCCCUGUGACCCGGCGUCUGUUGGUUGA